UUGAACACUGGGUUAGGGUUUUUUUAGGAGAUUUCGGGGGCCGAAAUGGACUGGGUAUAUGAUUUUCGAGUGGUUUUAGAGGCCGAAAUAGACAGGGUUGAUGAUUUCGAGGGCUGAAAUCAACUGGACUUGGAGUUUCGAGGGCUAACGGGCCAGAAAAAAGAGUCACCAGAUACAAGACGACGGCCAAUGAUGAUCACCUAGAGAGAACAGAGGUCGCGCUGAGAGAGACUGUUCACAAACAUUGUUCACGAGCACAGUUGACAUAUGCGCGAACACUGUUCAUGGUGAGAUGAUGUAGUUGGGAGUAGAUUUAGGGUUUCGUGGUGAGAUGAUGAUGGCGGUAGCGGGUGGCGAAAGAUGGCGGCUAGGGUUUUGUAUAUCUAAGGUGGAUUAAAGUUAAGCUCUGAUACUAUGUUGUUUAGAAGAGUAAAAGUGUAUAGGGUGUUAAUGAACCCUAACACAAAUAACUAUUAUUUAUAAUAUGGGAGACGUAGUUACAAUACUUGACUAAGCAGUGUGGGACUUAGACUAAUAUUAUUCUAACAGGCCUGAGUUUAAAAUAUUUUCAUGUGGCCCAAGAGAAGAUCAGAGAUUCAAAGAGUUACAAACCCUUAGCGCAUUGACGUCGUCCACUCGUCCUACAGUGCUACUCCUCGUCUCUAACUCUCAACCUAAGCGGCGAUUACAAACCACUGGUCCACCAUCAAGCCUCUUGGCUAAGUUACUUUCACAAUGAAGCGCCGCUCCUCGGAUUCUGUCUCGCCGGAUCAGCAAAAAUGUCUUCACCCGGGAGACAACUCUACCACUAAUGCCUUAGCUUCACAAGAGAAUCUCGUUUCUACCGUUGUUUCUUCGAUAGCAUCAAUUUUGCCACCAAAACCUCCAACACUUGGGGACAUCUUCAAUGAAGACGUAGACGGAGAGGAAGACGGAGAUGGAGGCGAAAAUGGUGGUGGAGGCGAAGGUGAAAAUCAAUGGAAACCAUUGGCUAAAGUAAAUGCUUCUUGUUGGCAACAUUUUGACAAGGGUCAAAUCAAUGGAAAAGUUAAGGCAAAGUGUCAUUAUUGCAAAAAAAAAAAAUGCUUGUGGAACACUAAGAAUGGAACCAAAGCUUUGAAUGAGCAUUAUAAAAGGUGUCCAAAAAGAAAGGUUGCAAAUUCAUCACAAAAAAAGGUUCUAACUCAAGCUUUAUGACCGGGGAUGGGAAAAAAAAGCUUGAAGCUCAUACUUUCAACCAAAAUUUUGCUAAGAGAGAUCUUGCUUGCACGAUCAUAAUGCAUGAGUAUCCAUUGUCCAUGGUAGAACACGCCGGGUUUAAGAGAUUUGCAUUGGCGCUUCAACCUUUAUUUCAAAUGGUUCCUCGAAACACCCUCAAAGCUGAUAUUUUUAGAAUAUAUGAUGGUGAAAGGUUGAAGGCAAUCAAAACAAUUGACAAAAUUCAAAGUAGGGUUGCGACUGACAUGUGGACUUCAAGCAAUAAGAAAAGAAGAUUUAUGGUCAUCAUAGGCCACUAUGUUGAUGAUUCUUGGAAGUUACAAAGCAUCAUUUUGAGGUUUAUUUAUGUGCCAUGUCCCCACACGGUGGAAGGAAUCCAAGAAUAUAGCCCGGUGGGGGCACAUUGUUAAUCAUAAUGGCGAAAGUUCAUUUUUUUAGACAAUCACAGUAAGAUCGUACAAAAUUAAUGCAUGCAUUACUAACUACAAAAGUUUAUAACGUGUACAUCAAGUUAAAUUAGGUAAAAAUGAAUACAAAAUCUUAGUCAAUUUUUAAAGUAUGUUUUAAAUGAACAUCAACAAGUUUUAGAAUGAACAAACUAGUUUUGUU